AUUGGUGUGACAACUUGCCCCGACCUGAUGUGACUUUGUGACAAUUUAUCCCCAUGACACCUAGCAAUAGUCUCAAUUUUGUGUAAAUACCUUCCAAAUAUGUUCAUUUAUUGACCAUAGGGAUUAUCACUACGACAUAAACACAGAUUAUGACCUCCAGUACACUAGAUGGCGCUGUUCUUUUGUCGUUCGCCAGACUAAACAACAUACAGCAGAAGAAGAAUCCACACAUGGCAUGUGAGAAACAGGAAACACGAGAGUGCUACAGAAGUAUUUUGGUUUACUAAAUGUCAAUAUUGUCUGAUAAAUGAAUGAUAUUGCAGGAAUUCUGUGUAGUUCGUGUGACGCAUGUGCGCGUUGUCUUCCUGUGACACUCCAAAACAAGAGUAAUGUGCGUUUGACCUCGGCAGUAAGAGUGCAUUCUGAAACAUAUAUGUUGACAAACAAGUUUUUAUCAUGAAUCUCAGCGUGACUCUCGGGUGUUGUAGUAAAGUUCGCCUGUUUCGGAAUAAGGCGACUGUCUACCUUUGCAGAAAACUGUCAGAUGUCCCCAUCUCAUCUGAGGGAACUCAGUCCAGCUCUGGUGAGGAGAAGCCCAGGAGAACCCGCAGACUUCCGGGGAGCGCGUCUGUCCUUCUGUUCCCCGGACAGGGCAGUCAGUUCGUCGGUAUGGGGAAAGGACUGUUGAAGUAUGGAAAUGUCAAAGAGAUGUUUGCCGUCGCUCAGAAGGUGCUUGGUUAUGACCUGCUGUCACUCUGCUUGAAUGGACCUGAGCAAGAUCUGAUGAAGACUGUUCAUUGUCAGCCAGCUGUGUUUGUCUGCUCACUGGCUGCUGUGGAAAGACUGAACCAUGAAAAUCCUGCUGCUAUUGAGAACUGUGUGACUGCAGCAGGUUUUAGUGUUGGUGAAUUUGCUGCUUUGGUCUUCUCUGGUGCAAUGCACUUCGCUGAAGCUUUGUUUGCAGUAAAGGUGAGGGCAGAAGCAAUGCAGAAGGCCUCCGACCAAGUACCUAGUGGCAUGUUGUCUGUGAUUGGCCGACCUCAGGCCAACUACAAAUACACCUGUGUCCAAGCUAGGGAGCACUGUUUGUCUCUUGCUAUCCAAGAGCCUGUGUGUGCCAUUGCCAACUACCUUUUUCCAGAUGGGAGAGUAAUAGCUGGCCACAAAGAGGCUUUGGAUUUCCUUCAAAGACAUUCCAGAGAGCUGAAAUUCAUGAGAACUAGACUACUGCCGGUUAGCGGGGCCUUUCACACGGCGCUCAUGGAGCCGGCGGUCGAGCCUCUGAGAGACGUCCUUCGACAGAUAGAGGUACGGCGGCCCGAGAUCUCCGUGCACUCCAAUGUGGACGGCAAGCGGUACAUGCAUGACAAGCACGUACGGAAUCAGCUGGCCAAACAGCUGGUGUCUCCGGUGAAAUGGGAGCAGACGCUGCAUGAGAUUUAUGAAAGAUCCCAGGGGCAGGAGUUUCCUCACACCUAUGAGGUGGGACCUGGUAGACAUUUGGGUUCAACACUACAGAAGUGCAAUAUGAAGGCCUUUAAGAACUAUACGCAUGUGGAUGUUACACUGACAGAGGAUUGAUCAGUGGUUGUGCAGUCAAUCUGUUUGUCUUUUAGCUGAUAAAUACAAAGAAACAAUACACUUUGUUUUCUUUUUUAAAAGUUUUAUUGCGCUUGGAAAGUCCAGCUUCCUUUAAUAAUGCAGAAAUGUUUUUAGAGGAAGAGGUAACAAUUCAUUGGCCCAAUUAGCCAGCAAUAGACCCAAUACACACACACACACAAAACAUGUUUAACUUGUAAAAACCUGCACAUAUAUGUACGUAUAUAUGUGAACCAGCACUUAAUUUGAAUCAGUUAUAAAAGAGAAUGCAAAAUAAGAAGUUU